AUGCCAGGAUACAGUACAAUAUUAUUGAGGAUCAAAAUAGCUCAGAAGAGUGACAAUUUUUUAGCUCCAAUUUUUUUUAGUGAAAUGCUCAGGACGUUGAUGAAAAUGCAAAAAACGAAACGACACGAAGCUGCGGUAAAGUUGAUAGCAACCACCAAAAGCAAUCCUCAGAAAAUGAUUGACAGACGGAAGCAUUCUCAUAAUAAAAGUUAA